ACAAAAUAUAACCAGCAAUCCCAUGAACCUGGUUAUGAACAUAUCCUCCAUGGCUGCUUCGUUGAAGCUUGUGUUGCUAUUUAUCAUUCUUAGCUUCCUCAACCUUGGUACUGGUAAAGCACAGGAAUUGGAUUCCCCUGUGUAUCUUUACCAAAACUGCUCAACCAACACCACCGGCAACAGUGCCUACCAACUGGACCUGAGGACCCUUCUCGGUUCCUUAUCUUCCAACGCCACUGGCACCACCAAAUUCUACAACACCACCGUCGCCGGAAGAUCCCCCUCCGACACGGUGUUUGGACUUUUCAUGUGCAGGGGUGAUGUGCCCUCUCAGUUGUGUCGGCAAUGCGUGGUGAACGCAACGCAGCGACUGCGCUCACAGUGCUCACGGUCCAAAAGGGCAGUGAUAUGGUACGAUGAGUGCAUGGUUCGUUUUUCCAACAGGUCUUUCUUCUCCACUGUGGACACAAGGCCUCGACUUGGCCUUCUCAACACUGCCAACAUCUCCAACCAGGAAAGCUUCAUGCAUUUACUGUUUCAAACAAUAAACCAAACUGCUGAUGAGGCUGCAAGUUUUUCUAUUGGUGUCAAGAAUUAUGCCACGAACAAAGCAAACAUAUCUGGGUUUCAGUCCCUCUAUUGUAUGGCUCAGUGCACACCAGAUUUGUCACCCCAAGAUUGUAGAAGUUGUCUCAGUGGUGUGAUAGGGGACCUUCCAUGGUGUUGUCAAGGAAAACAGGGAGGAAGGGUUCUCUAUCCCAGCUGUAAUGUCAGAUAUGAGCUCUACCCUUUCUAUCGCACAAUUACUCCUAAUACUACAAUUUCUCCAAAUUCUACAAUUCCUCCAAAUUCGGGAGGAGGAGGAAGCAGUGGGAUUUCAGCUGGGACAAUUGUUGCAAUUGUGGUUCCAAUCGUAGUAGCUGUGCUUCUAUUUAUCGUGGGAAUUUGUUUCUUAAGUAAAAGAGCAAGGAAGAAGAAUGAUUCUGCACAAGGAAAGACUGCAUAUGACAUCACCGAUGUGGAGUCCUUGCAAUUCGAUUUCGGCACAAUUGAAGCAGCCACGAACAAAUUCUCUGCAGAUAACAAGUUGGGUGAAGGUGGAUUUGGUACGGUUUACAAGGGCACUCUUCCAAGCGGACAAGAAAUUGCUGUCAAGAGACUCUCCAAAAGCUCCGGGCAAGGUGCAGAAGAAUUUAAGAAUGAAGUAGUGGUGGUUGCCAAGCUUCAACACAGAAAUUUAGUGAGGCUUCUGGGAUUUUGCUUGCAGGGAGAAGAAAAGAUACUUGUUUAUGAAUAUGUGCCCAACAAAAGUCUGGACUAUAUUCUUUUUGAUCCUGAAAAGCAAAGGGAGUUGGAUUGGACAAGACGGUACAAGAUUAUUGCAGGGAUUGCUCGAGGCAUUCAAUAUCUUCAUGAAGAUUCUAGGCUUAGAAUUAUACAUCGUGAUCUUAAAGCUAGCAACAUAUUGUUAGAUGGAGAUAUGAUUCCGAAAAUCUCAGAUUUUGGCAUGGCAAGAAUAUUUGGAGUUGAUCAAACUCAAGGAAACACCAGCAGAAUUGUAGGGACUUAUGGUUACAUGGCUCCAGAGUAUGCAAUGCAUGGAGAGUUCUCUGUUAAGUCUGAUGUAUACAGUUUUGGAGUCCUCAUUCUGGAGAUUAUUAGUGGCAAGAAGAAUAGCUCUUUCUAUCAAACAGACGGUGCUGAGGAUCUAUUGAGCUAUACUUGGCAACUUUGGAAGGAUGGAAAACCCUUGGAACUGAUGGACCCCAUAUUAAGAGAAUCCUGUAAUCCAAAUGAAGUUAUCAGAAGCAUCCACAUUGGUUUGCUCUGUGUCCAAGAAGACCCAGCUGACAGACCUACAAUGGCAAGAAUAGUUCUUAUGCUAGAGAGUGACACUGUUACUCUACCAACACCUAAGCAGCCUGCAUUUUUCCCCCAGAGUGGAACUGAUCCAAACAUGCCAAAGGAACUGCAAUUUGAUCAAUCUACAACAAAGUCAAUACCAAUUUCUGUGAAUGAGAUGUCGAUUAGUGAAAUGGAUCCUCGAUAAGCUUGAUUGCUUGAACACUGGAGGUUUGAAUAGAUGAAGAAUCUUUGCCUGUGUAGUUAUGAGUCAUAGUUUAAUAUGACCGUAUUUCGAAAUAUUGGAAUAUUAUGUAUUGUAGUUGCUUAUUUUUCAAUGUGAAAUAAUAUAUGCUGGCCAUUUAGGCCAUAUAUUGUAUUUAAGACUACGAGGACUUAUUGUCUAUCUAGCACCGACACAACAUGAUAUUUCGAUAUGUCAUUUCUAAAAAA